AUGGCGUCCCCACUCCUCUGCGUCCUCCUCUACCUAAUCCGCCACCUUGCGGCCUGCCACGCCGCAACCGCAAGGGACACCAUCACGCCGGGCAGCCCGCUGGCGGCCAACGAGACGCUGGUCUCGGGCGGCGAGGGCAACUUCGCGCUGGGCUUCUUCACCCCGCCGGGCGCCAACAGCACCUACCUCGGCGUGUGGUACAACAAGGUCUCCCUCCGCACCGUCGUGUGGGUCGCCAACCGCGAGGCCCCGAUCGCGGGCGCCGUCGGGGACAACCAGGGCGCCACGCUCUCCGUGUCCGCCGGCGGCACGCUCGCCAUUGCCGCGGGGAACAAGACCGUCGUGUGGUCCGUCCAGCCGGCGUCCAGGCUGGCGAGCCCCACCGCCCAGAUCCUCGACAACGGCAACCUGGUGCUCGCGGACGGCGUCGGCGGCGCCGUGGCGUGGGAGGGGUUCGACUACCCGAUGGACACGAUGCUCCCGGAGAUGAAGGUGGGGAUCGACUACGUGAAAAGGAAGAACAGGACGCUGACGUCGUGGAAGAGCCCGUCCGACCCCUCCCCGGGCCCCGUCGCCAUGGUGAUGGACACCAACGACGACCCCCAGGUGUUCAUCUGGAACGGCGGCGAGAAAGUCUGGCGCUCCGGCCCCUGGGACGGCGUCCAGUUCACCGGCGUGCCGGACACCGCCACCUACUCCGGCUUCACCUUCAGCUUCAUAAACAAUGCGCAGGAAGUAACUUACAGCUUCCAGCUGCAGCGUUCGACGUGGGUGGAGGCGGCGCGGGCGUGGAACCUGUACUGGUACGCUCCCAAGGACCAGUGCGACGCGGUGUCUCCCUGCGGCCCCAACGGCGUGUGCGACACCAACAACAUGCCCGUCUGCUCCUGCCUCCACGGGUUCACCCCGAAGACCCCCGCCGCGUGGGCGCUGCGGGACGGCCGCGACUGGUGCGUGCGGUCCACGCCGCUGGACUGCCGCAACGGCACCGACGGCUUCAUCACGGUGCGCCACGCCAAGGUGCCCGACACGGAGCGGAGCGCGGUGGACGGGUGCCUCACGCUGGAGCAGUGCCGCCAAGCGUGCCUCCGGAACUGCUCCUGCACCGCGUAA